AGCCCAUGUGCUUCGACUGGGGCGAGUCCAGUGAUCAGGGGGUCUCUGUGCUGGAGGGGGAGGUGGGCUGGCUGUCCUGCCCUCUCUUCUCUCACCCCUCCGUCUACAACUACUCCUCCACUCAGAGCACCGGACACAACCUGUUCUGGUACCGCCUGCCGGAGGGCCACGACCUGGAGCAGCCCCUCACCUACAGCUCCAGAAUCAGCAGAGACGGAGUCAGACUGUGGCUCCAGCCGAGCAGCGCCGCCGACACCGGACUCUACAUCUGCAUGCUGAGGAACAAGACGUCGUGCAGUAAGAUGGCGAUGCGUCUCUCCGUCCUGCGGCCCAGCAAGGUGCUCCGCGCCAAUGACUGCGACCCCCCCGUCGCCUGGGAAUCGACCCGGCAGGUCAUCCCCUUCCAGAAGGGAGGGACCAUGGACUGCCCCGACCUGAAAGAGGCCGGCAAGAUGGCCGACAACAACACCACCGUCACCGUCACCUGGUACAACAAAUGUAAGCGCCCCCCGUUCGUUGGGGGUAACCGGCAGCUGAGGGGCGUCAGCCUGAGGGUCCACAUCAUGCUGGGGAGCUACGAGGGUCUUUACUUCUGCACCGUGAGCUACCAGAGGAGAGGAAGACCCCUCAACUUCACCCGCAGCAUCAACCUCAGCGCCGUCAAUCCGCCCGGUCUGCCCAAAAUACCGACCAUCUUGAACCCGGCUAAGGAGCAGAUCUUCACGGUCAAACAGGACUCCGAGGUGCGUCUGGUUUGCAAAGCUCUGCUCCCGUACCUGGAAGACACUCCCUGGGACCUCUGGUGGACGGUGGACGGGAAGACUCUGGACAAGCUGCCCGACCGCUUCUCCAAAACUAACAGGCUGCUGAGCGACGACCACGGCGACCGUACGGAGGAGAGCGUUCUGCUGAUCCAGGACUUCUCCUCCGAGGACUUGAACCGGGAGUUUAACUGCUCCGUCAAGAACGAGGAAGGGGUCCAGACCCGCAGAGCCGCCCUGCAGCUGGAGGUGUGGGUGCCCUCGGUGGAGCUGGGCGUCGGCCUCGGGGCGACCCUCGUCCUCAUGCUGCUCCUCUUCAUCAUCUAUCACGUCUUCUGGCUGGAGCUGCUGCUGCUCUACAGGUCCUGGUUCGGCACCGACGAGCGGCACACAGAUGAUAAGGAAUACGAUUUGUACAUCUCCUAUGCGAGGGGCAGUGAGGAGGAACUCUUCGUUCUCUCCACUCUUCGCAGCGUUCUGGAGAACGAGCUGGGGUACUCUGUGUGUAUCUUCGACAGAGACAGCCUGCCGGGGGGGACCAUCACAGACGAGACUCUGAGCUUCGUGUCUCGCAGCCGGCGCCUCCUGGUGGUCCUCGGCCCGGGUUACGCCUCACGGGGGUCCCAGGCUCUGCUGGAGCUGCAGGUGGGGCUGGACAGCAUGGCCCGGGGGGGGCAGCUGAGGGUCAUCCUGGUGCAGUACCAGCCGGGGGGGGGAUGGGGCCUGGUCCGCGAGCUCAGGAGUGCCCGCGUGGUUCUGGCUCUGGUCCGAUGGCAGGGGGACAAAUCCAGAGAUCUAACCUCUCGCUUCUGGAAGAGGCUGAGGGUGGAGCUUCCAGUGAGGAGGGGGGGAGGGAGGGGGGAGGAGGGGGGUAAGGGGCUGAGGCUGCAAAGUCAGAACAGCACCAACUCCCAGACGGGCCUCAUCACCAACAGCAUCAAACACCCGCAGAAGGUCUUCCAGGCCGCGGCGUAGACUUUUUUUUUUAUUCUGAGAAAAAGUCCAAGUUUCAAGACAAAUGUUCACAUGUGGCGUCGACUUACCUGAUCUUAACGUGAUGCAGCGCAGAGCCAGGACUCAUUUGCAAAAUUCUGAGAAAAAAAAGUCAAAAUUCCCAGAAACCUUUUUAUAAUUCUGAGAAAAAAGUCCAAAUCUUUGAGACCGAAUGUUCACAUGUGGCCUGAACCCUGUCCCGUAGUUGGUUAACCUCUGUUAGAUUUUGUCAUACAGAUAUAAAUAUUAUGGUCGUCUGCAUUGAGGGAGAUUUACAACAUCAAUAUUAAAGCAGCGCUGCUGUAGAGGAAUCAACCCCUAGAAGACAGAUCCGUGUACUGCAACGCUCCACAUACCAGAACCAGAACCAGAUUUAUAGCCAGGUUCGUUCACACAUACAAGGACUCUGCUUUGGGGUCUGGUGCUGCGAACAUUAA